AUGCGCUCUCUGUUGAUUCUGAGCCUCAUUGCAGCUCAUGUUGCCUACUCCCAACACGUCAAGAACCCUUCUUGUGAGCGCCACCCGAAGCUUACAACCUGGAAAUGCACCAAAGACGGUGGAUGCAACCCGCAGAAGACAGCGAUAGUCCUCGAUUCGCUCAAGCGCCCUCUGUACCAGGUCGAUGCGCCCAAUCUGGGUUGCGGUACAAAUGGAAGCCCCCCAAACAAGACUGUCUGCCCUGACGUGGACACGUGCCAAGCAAACUGUGUUAUGGAGAGCAUCUCAAACUACUCUGUAGUGGGUGUGAAAGCUGAUGGUGACCGUCUAUAUCUUGACAUGCUCAGCGAUGACACGCUGGCCAAGAUCAGUCCACGUGUAUAUCUCCUCGACGAGCACGAAGAGAACUAUGAAAUGUUACAUCUUCUGGGGCAAGAAAUCAGCUUCGAUGUAGAUGUAUCCAAACUACCCUGUGGAAUGAACGGCGCAUUUUACCUCUCGGAAAUGGAGGAAGAUGGAGGCCGAAGUGAGAUAAACCAGGCCGGACCGGCAUUUGGCACUGGGUAUUGUGACGCUCAAUGCUACAUUCCACCAUUUAUCAAUGGCGAGCCAAAUAUUAAAGGGUCUGGAGCAUGCUGUAAUGAGCUCGACAUCUGGGAAGCCAACUCCAGAGCCACUCAUCUCGCGCCACAUACUUGCAAUAUAACUAGCCUCUAUGCCUGUCAAGGUGCUGAGUGCGGCAAGUCCGGUGUAUGUGACAAGUCGGGCUGUCAUUUUAACCCCACCAAUGUAGGUGCCAAUAACUACUAUGGGCUCGGCAUGAUUGUCGAUACGACUCGUCCGUUCAAAGUGGUCACUCAGUUCCCCACCGACAGCGCCGGAGAACUCCAAGCUAUACAUAGGUUCUACGUUCAGGACGGAAAGAUGAUCGAGAACCCAUCGACCAACAAGUCAAGCCUCCCUAAGAUGAACUACAUAGACGACGAGUUCUGUGCAGCCAUGGGCGCAAACGUCUUCAAGACUCUCGGCGGCACAACUGGCAUGGGACAAGCAAUAGAUCGCGGUAUGGUGCUGUGUAUGAGCGUUUGGUGGGAUGAGAGCGGAGGAAAUAUGAGCUGGCUGGAUGGACCAGGGUCUGGGCCGUGCAGCGCUGCGGAAGGGUCUCCAGCUUCGAUUCGACAGACCCAGCCAGACACAGCAGUGACUUUCAGCAAGAUCAAAUGGGGGGAUAUAGGUUCGACAUACAAUGGGGUCUAA